AUGACAGAUUGCGUGGCUGAUGGUAUAAACAAAGUGAAUCAGAUUGUACAACAAAUUAUUGAAUGGAUGGCACUACACAUGUGGGAUUGGUCACGGUUACUAAAAAAGAGUAACCGUGGAUUGGUGAAAUGGCAUGACAACUGUGAGACUGGUGUCAAUGACGUUAGUGGAAUAGGUUUUACAGUAUUAAACGAAGGCACCACAGACGUGGGGCUGGUGGUAACGGAAGCACUUGCAAGUCUCGAUAUUCCCGUAGUUCUAGAGAUGCUUGGCGAGUUCUUCGUAAUUUACGUUCUACGUCUAGGCUAUGAAAAGCUUCUCUCUGUACUCGGGAACGAUUUGAAGUCGUUCUUGGAAAGUUUGGACUUUCUUCACUUCGUACACUUGAAAUCGACAUUCACAGAGAUGAGUGCGCCCUCAUUUCGGUGUAGUGAGUUAGAUGAUGGAAGUCUACUGUUGCAUUAUUAUUCAAACAGGAAAGGUCUGGAGCCCAUCGUUGUCGGGAUUGUUAAAUCAAUAGCCAAGAAAUUCUUCGAUAUAGAAGUAACGGUGGUUGUAUACUCUGAGCAGGAAACGCCCCCACUCGGCAGGGAAACUCACACAACAUUCAUUAUACGUUCUGUUGGUGAUUUUGCUAUCAGUACCAAGCGUAAGACGAAAACGAUUGCAAGCCCUGUGAGAAAGUUUGUCGUAGGGGGCGAUAUACCUCGUCCGUUUUCCACAUGGGAUCUACGUAACUUUUUCCAGGCUCCAGAUAGGCUGUGGAUGGACGAGGAAUCCUUCUGCAGAGCCUUUCCUUUUCACUUUGUAUUCGACGAAUCUCUCGUGUUCAAACAAUGCGGUGUCAUGAUCCAACGAGUUUGUCAGAAUUUGACCUUGAACGAAAAUACAGUCAGUGACUUUUUAGAGAUAAUGCACCCAAACAUACCUAUGACGUCACAGGACAUCAGACAAUUCAUCAACAUAGAGUUUGUAAUGGCGAUAAAAAAGGAGCGAGUUAAGGAAUACUACACCGACAAGUCACGCCUAAUACUCAGAGGUCAGAUGAUGUGGAUGGAAGACCUACUUUGUCUUGUUUUUCUAUGUACACCGUUUGUUCAUACAUUGGAAGAAAUGAAACAAUGCGGUUUACAUUUCGCAGAUCUCGCUGUGCAUGACCUAACGCGAGAUCUAGUUCUAGCCAAUCAACAGAGGCUGCUUGAAUUACAACUUGCCAAACAACUAGAACAGAAAGAAGAAGAAUUACGUCUCACGCUGAAACAACUUGAGGAAGAAAAAAAGAAAACCGAUAUGCUGCUGUAUUCAAUGAUGCCUAGACAGGCAGCUGAACAACUGCGUGAAGGCAAGAAAGUAGACGCAGGAUAUUUCGACAAAGUAACGGUGCUGUUUUCAGAUAUUGUGAAGUUCACGAACAUCUGCUCCCACUGCAAGCCAAUUGAGGUCAUACACCUCCUAAAUGACAUGUAUUCACGAUUUGACAGGCUCACCAGUGUGUACGAGGUUUACAAGGUUGAGACGAUUGGAGACGCCUAUAUGGUGGUUGGGGGCUUACAUGUAUCGAAGUCAGCUCACGCCCAGGGAGUUGCCAAUUUUGCACUCGGGAUAAUCAAAGCGUCCAUUCAAGUAAAAUCGCCCGCUGAUGGGAAUUCUAUCAAAAUUCGCGUAGGAAUCCAUUCAGGACCCGUUGUCACAGGAGUCGUUGGCGAGAAAGUCCCUAGGUAUUCCUUAUUUGGCGAUACAGUCAAUGUAGCCUCCAGGAUGGAAAGUCAUGGCGUGCCAGGGAGAAUACAUAUCAGUCACGAAACAAAACUAUGUCUGGAAGGCGGUGAUUACGUAAUCGAAAUUCGAGGUGAAAUUGAAGUUAAAGGAAAAGGUAGAAUGGUGACCUACUUCUUAAAUAGUAAUAAAGUUGACGCUGAACCACCUACAGGUGACGACAGGAUAAUACCUCCAGGAGAAGAUCAAAUCUCUGCAACCAGCAGCGUCAAUACGUUGUCAGACUCAUUUGCAUAUCUGAAACUUCCGCCAUCGACCAUGGGAUCAGAAGACAGUUUGUCACGUGACUCGGCUGGUGGCGCUGUCACGGGUAUGAAACGUGUGGCAUCAGGAAGACUACACGAACCAAACAACACCAAUGAUGACUUGUAUGCAGAUAACAAUGUACAGUGCCCGCUGAACACAGGAGAUUAUUCAAAUGAACAGCAGGAAAUGAUUGCGUCAAGAGUGACGUCAUUGACUCGCGCCAUGGACGGGAACAUGCGCAGUACUGGGAAUAACGAAAUGUUUGUGAUUCCGGCAAGCUAUUUGAGUGAGCAUAACAGUUCGUAUUCUCAACAUUCGAAGACUUGUAACAUUUUAUGA